CGAUAUCGUCAAUGGUGAUGGUCAGGAGGCCCUGGCCGAUGGUCUCGUAAGCUUGUGUGCCGUCGGUAACAUUAUGCUCAAGGUGCCCGAGUAUGCGUCACACUAUAAUCUAGCAACUAAAUGUCUCGAAUCGGCGUUGCGCGUGCUCAUUAAUCUCUCACACGACAAUCCCGCUUGGUGCAAGCUUUUGCUGCAUCACGAACUCACGAUACACGUCAUCGUCUCUCUCAUCACGAGCUCCUACUCCGUUCGCCCUAUCUCCGCGAAGACUGCCCCCAAGGAUGCGGAAUCCGAGAUCGAAGACGAGGACCUUGAUCGCGAUGCUCAGGCAUUCGACAGGUUGUGUCUGGCGUUGGGUCUAUUGACGAAUCUAGUCCAAGCAGAUGACGAGGCUAAGGAUAUAUGCCGCAAGACCAAAUUGAGUCCUACAUGCCCAAGCAAGCGCGCUUGCGCCAAAACAUGCCAAUGUUUGGAUCGUAUCAGCGCGAUUGAAUGUCUCGUGCGAGCCCAUGUGCAGCACGACUCUGCCGACACGAAAUUGGACGCGGACGGCCCGAGCAAGCAUAUUGUGCGCGGCCACCUCGCGGUGCUCUUUGGCCUGCUUAUGCAGCAGAGCCCCGCAAACGAACAAAUCGUGCUCGACGCCCUGCCUGGUGCGUCACGGCGGGAGAAGCUCAACGCGCUCGUCACUUUUGCGAAAGACUUCGUGGGUUUGUAUGCGGCCUUCAUGUCACGGAUUGCGCGUGGAGAGGGCGAGGAGGCGAACGAUGAAGCGGGCGACGACGACGGGGAUAACGGGAAAAGGGCGAGCGGUAGUAGGAACACGAGUGCCGAUGCGCAGGUGACGGAGGACGUUGUCAUGUUUCUGGAGAUGCUUCGAGAUCAAUGAGUGUAUCGGCGCGUAGAGCUUUAUGUGAGCCAAUGCUUGAACUCAUGUCUCUUCGAUCUCUCAUUGCCCUGGCAGCCACAUUAUCGUGACUGCAAUUUCACCUAUCGUCCAUCUCUCUUUUCGUUG